AUGUCAACAUUGAUAAAUCGAGUAUUUCAGAUGGAUGGUUUGUAUGUGGAGAGGUCGCUGAGGCAAUUACCAUUGAAAAAGUUGUGUGAACACUCAUUUAAAGAUUAUCAUGUGAGGGGAGUCAAUUAUUUAUGUUUGGAGAGAAGUUGUAAUAUUACUACGAAGGUCUACUUGUUGGAUCCUGUUGAGCAUGGAAAGGGAUAUGUUGCCAAUCCACACAAUCACAGGUAUCACUUUAAAACAACUGUAUUGAAUGGAAGUUUAAAGAAUUUGGUAUUUGAGGAGAGACAAGCUCAGGAAGAUCAUUCAGAUCUCUAUUGGAAGUAUGCUUAUUUUCAUCAUACACAUCAAUUUGAGAGAUUGAAUAAGGUCUUGCUUCAUUUGAAUCAUAUUGAUCAUUGUGAGGUGGGCGAGAGUUAUGAUCUUUCACCGAAUGAAAUUCAUACCAUCCAAGUGAGUGAAAAGGAGCCAACAGUUCUCUUCCUGCAACAAUAUCCAGAUGUUGUGCCAGAGAGUUAUCCAGGAGAAUUCUAUUGUAGGGAGAGUAGUCCACCGAAUGUGGAUGGUCUCUAUCAGAGAUAUUCCGAGGAGGAAGUUAGAGAUCUAAGGGAAAAGAUUCUUCAAUUGAUUUGCAAAUAA